GUCAAUACGGGAACUCCUGGAUCGAGCAUUUUCCAACGGAGUCAAAGAUUUAGAACAAAUCCUUCCGUCGCUUUUUCUUCUCCGAAAUCGCAGAGAAGGUUUUAGGGUUUUAAUUCCACCCUUUUGGUUUGAUUCCGUACUUGGGGUUUAUUCCUCGAACAAUGAUGUACGGAGAAUCGAUCCAACAGCCUCAGACACUGCAACAGCAGCAACAUCCCGGUGGCGGCGGCGAUUUUAACAGAGGUCCACCGAUGCCGCCUCCUGCUAUGAUGCGGCAGUCUUCAGCUUCUUCGACCACUCUCAAUCAGGAUUAUCACCAUUCCUCAGGCCCAACUCCGUACGACGCUCAUGGAGAUGGUUUUGGAGCUAAGAGAAUGCGAAAACAUACGCAGAGAAAAGCUGUGGAUUAUACCAGCACGGUUGUGAAAUAUAUCCAGGCUCGAACAUGGCAGCGAGAUUCAAGGGACAGGACUGCUUUGCAACCAACCCCAGCUGCAGCAGUGGAUGUGCUGCCCCCAGUCGCCUAUUCUGAUAACCCUUCAACAAGCUUUGCUGCAAAGUUUGUUCACACAUCUAUGAACAAAAACCGCUGUUCAAUCAACCGUGUAUUGUGGACUCCUUCUGGAAGACGUCUUAUCACAGGUUCCCAAAGUGGGGAGUUUACUCUUUGGAAUGGGCAAUCUUUCAAUUUUGAGAUGAUUCUACAGGCUCAUGAUCAGCCAAUAAGAUCGAUGGUAUGGAGUCAUAAUGACAAUUGGAUGGUCUCUGGUGAUGACGGGGGGACAAUAAAGUAUUGGCAGAACAACAUGAACAAUGUAAAGGCCAACAAAACUGCUCAUAAGGAAUCAAUUCGUGAUUUAAGUUUCUGUAAGACAGAUUUGAAGUUCUGCUCGUGUUCUGAUGAUACUACUGUUAAAGUUUGGGAUUUUGCACGGUGCCAAGAAGAACGCUCAUUAACUGGCCAUGGUUGGGAUGUGAAGAGCGUUGACUGGCACCCCACAAAAUCCCUUUUGGCUUCCGGUGGAAAAGACCAGCUUGUAAAACUCUGGGAUGCGAGAAGUGGGAGAGAGCUUUGCUCAUUCCAUGGUCACAAAAAUAUAGUGCUUAGUGUGAAGUGGAACCAAAACGGCAAUUGGCUUCUAACAGCUUCAAAAGAUCAAAUAAUAAAGCUGUAUGACAUAAGGGCUAUGAAGGAGCUUGAAUCCUUUCGUGGACACAAGAAAGAUAUUACGUCUUUGGCGUGGCAUCCCUUCCAUGAAGAAUACUUUGUUAGCGGGAGUUUUGAUGGAUCCAUUUUCCAUUGGAUUGUCGGGCAUGAGAACCCACAGGUUGAAAUCGCAAAUGCUCAUGAUAAUAGUGUUUGGGAUCUCGCGUGGCAUCCUGUUGGUUACCUUCUCUGCAGUGGCAGCAAUGAUCACACAACAAAGUUUUGGUGCAGAAAUAGGCCUGGAGACACCCCUCGCGAUGUUCCUAGUCUGCAGAACCAAGGCUAUGGUGAACAAAAUCCGGCAUUUGGCAACCGCCUACCUGGUAAUUUCCAAGCACCUGAGUUGCCACAGACUCCUGGAGCAUUUGUUCCUGGGCUGACACGAAACGAGGGAACCAUCCCAGGAAUUGGAGUGGCAAUGCCGUUUGAUGCAUCUUCUCAAGGAGAACACAAACAGCCAAUUCCAGGUUUGAUGCCAUUGGGGGCUCCUCCACUGCCACCUGGUCCUCACCCGUCUCUUCGUGCGAGCGGUCCACAACAAGGAUAUCAACAGAACUCUCAGCCGAUGCAGCAGCAACAACAAAUGCCUCCAUUGCCACCUUCCAAUAUGCCACAGCUUCAGCCUCCACCAUCUCAUAUCCCCUUGCUCUCUCAUCCUCAUCUUCCUCGACCUCCUCCCCAGAUGCCUCCUCAUGGUAUGCCUUCGCCAAUGCCACCUUCCUCAAUGCCUAUGUCCCAUCAAAUGCCAGGAUCAAUGGGAAUGCAAAGUGGCAUGAACCAAAUAAACCCUCAAGGUCAUUUUAUGGGGAUGAAUCCUGGUAACCCCUCAGGAGGACUCCAAGGACCACCAAACACGGGUGGACCUCAAAUGUAUCCGCCGGGAGGUGGCUACAACCGUCCCCAAGGCGGUCAGAUGCCGAUGAUGCAGGGGUACAAUACUUACCAACAGCAACAUGGGAACCAGCCCGGCAUGCCGCCACCUCCUUUGCCUCCAGGCCCUCCGCCACACGGGAACUAGUCAACAUCGAUAGACUUUGGAAUCGAUCUUGUAACGAUACAUGUAUAUUUGUUGUGUUUGUAGGGUUUCGAUGAUCAUAUUCAGAUGGUUCCCUUUUCAAGACUGUGUUUGGCCAGUGUUGACUUCUGAAAUAAUAUGGCUAUUUGCUCGUGCGGCCUUGUUUUUUUUUUUAAUCAAGGCAAAUAGAUGUUUGACUGUUGAGGUUUAA